AUGCUGCUGCAUCACCUGUCCCACUACUAUAGAGAAAUUGAGGGAACCAAAAUCCUAUCAAGAACCUUUGAGUGCAAUGAGGUACUAACUCCACUUCAAAUUCCUUCCCAUCCAACUGUCUCACAAGACAGGUAUAAAGAGUUCAGGGAAUCCUUUCACUGCUGCAAGCUUCCCAGGGGAGCAGAAAGGGAGCAUGGAGGAAUUGCAUUACUUGUAUUGCCAGAAGACCACAGGGCAGAGGACAAGCCUCCAUGUACGUUUGCUAAAAGACAUCAACAUUAUGGUAGUGGUGUAAACCCAACUUGGCCAAGGCUUCAUAAACCACCAGACAGUUUGGCUAAACCACUGUGCCUGCUACUUCCCAGCUCUCAUCCCUACCAGACACAUAUCUCUAGGUACGCCUUGUUCCCAGACUUCAGAUCACCUGAGGAUUGAGACACUGGGAUCGAUGCAGUAGGUCAUCAGCCUUUCCAUCCCAAUACCCCUACCAAGGCUUUUCAUGUGGUUGUUUUGAGGAACACUGGGAACAAGUUAAAUAUUUCCCCUGGAGGUAAUCAAUAUAGGUGUGAAGUUGUUAGUAUUCCCUCUGACUCCCAGAAGAAGGCUGUGCACGAGCUCAGACAAAUAACCAAUAUGCUACGAAACAUUGAAACUAUGGGGAUCACAACAUACAGUCAGGACUGCACAGGAAGAAGUUCUAUGAAUCCCCUUAUGCUGGAUAACUAUUACGUGAAAGCAGUUGGCAGAUUAACUGGAGAACUAGGUGAAGACAUGGAACUAAAAGAAACAUUUCUGCCUGGUGUCUCACAAGUGAGACCUCUUGAAGGGCACACUGCAGGUUUACUUCAAGGUUGACGUCCCCAUGAAUCAAUUCUGCAAGAACAGUACUCCUGCCACGAGCAGGCCACUCUGUCUCAGACAUGCUACCAGAAAGUUCAUUAUCUGGAUACAAGACUUCAAAUAAACAAACUUCAGAAAAUCACUGACACAUUGCAAACAGAAGCAUUGUACAGGAGGCAGCUUUCAGGAAGGCCUGAACUUGAAUCCCUUCCACAAUCUGCAUGUUCCAUUUCUUACAAAGACUUCAAGCCCAGACAUUUGGAUCAACAUACAGUAUGGGAAAACCCAGUUCGUCUAAGUAAGCCGGGCUUACUGCUAGAUGUAAAGAGUGAGGAAAGCAUAAUUUUGUUGCACAACCUUUAGUAUCAAGAAGCAUGUCACCCUGCAUUGAGACCAGAGGACAAGCCAAGAGAAGCGCUGCCUGAAUGGAUCCCUAGCUGUGAGGUUCCUCGGCGCCAGACAGCACUGCUGGAGCUGCAGCAUUCCUUCUCUAACACAGCAGCACAAAAAUCUUUUCAUGAUUCCGUAAGACGAGAGACAAAAGACCUCAGAGAUAACAUUACUGAGGGAAAGAGACACAAAUUCUGUGGUUGACAUGCUUUUUAUUUCUUUAACUGA